AAUAAAUGGCAGCGGCUGGUGGCAGAAGGGACAACCAACAUAGAGUUGUUUGACCAUGUCACUCUGAUGACACUGGACAGCUUAUUAAAGUGCGCCUUCAGCUACCAAAGCAACUGUCAGGAGUCCAGCAGUGAGUAUGUUUCUGCCAUUGUAGAGCUUAGCGACCUGGUGAUAGAUCGGCGCUUUCGCAUUUUACACCACUGGGACUGUAUCUACUGGAAAACUCAGCAAGGAAAGAGAUUUAAACAAGCAUUAGGUGUGGUACAGAGGUUCACCAGGGAUGUUGUGCAGAAGCGCCGUGCCCUUAUUGCCCAGCAGGGGGAGACAGAGACACAAACGAACGCAGCCCCACAGAAAAAGAAAGAUUUCGUCGACAUCAUACUUCUGUCAAAGGAUGAAGACGGACAAGGACUCACAGAUGAGGAAAUACAGGCCGAAGCCAACACGUUCAUGUUUGCUGGACAUGAUACGACAGCAAGUGCGAUAUGCUGGACGCUCUACAAUUUAGCUCGACAUCCACACUAUCAGGAAAAAUGCAGGCAGGAAGUUAUGGAGCUGAUGGAGGGACGGAGUGGGGAUGAAAUAGAGUGGGAAGAUCUGUCCAACCUUUCUUUUACCACCAUGUGCAUCAAAGAAAGCCUCAGACUCCACCCUCCAGUCCAGGCUGUAACGAGGAAAUACACCCAGGACAUGACACUGCCAGGAGAUUUAACGGUACCAGAGGGUGUAAUCUGUUUGGUUAGCCUUUAUGGGACACACCACAACCCUGAAGUUUGGAGUAACCCACAUGAGUUUGAUCCUCUGCGUUUUGACCCAGCCAACAUAAAGAGUCACUCUUCUCAUGGCUUCAUCCCCUUCUCCUCUGGUCCCAGGAACUGCAUUGGGCAGAAAUUUGCCAUGGCUGAGCUUCGAGUCGUCUUAGCUUUAACCCUGCUGAAGUUUCGUCUGACCUUGGGUGUUAACCCUGAAUGCAGUAGCAGCUCGGGGACAGUGCGACGUCUCCCCCAACUUGUCCUGCGUGCGGAAGGAGGCCUGUGGAUGCAGCUGGAACCUCUGAAGGAAUCAUGUUUAAGGGAACCUCCAAACAAAUGAGCUAUAUACAUUUUUUUUUUGUCUCAUUGAAACACAUAGAUGCGAUGUGAGAUUGCUCAUUUGACUGUAGCCAAAUGCUCUGCUUCAGUUUAAUUCUAGGCUAAAAAAUAUGUUUGUAAUUGUGAAUGCAAGAUUUACAUAAAAAAAUAUAUAUAUUUAUAUAUGUAUACAUAUAUAUACAUAUAUAUUUAUAUA